AUGGCCUGUGUUCUCUUCAGGCUUUUCUUACUUUUGGUCCUGGCAGCCUUUUCCCAAGGCAAGCGCUUGGGUCCUACAUCUCCCCUUCGUUAUUCCAGGUUCCUAGAUCCUUCCCAUGCUGUUUUCCUGCGCUGGGACUUUGAUUAUGAGUCUGAGAUAAUCACAUUUGAGCUCCAAGUCCAAACGACUGGAUGGAUUGGCCUGGGCAUCACAGAUCGGUACACCUUUGUGGGAAGUGAUCUGGUAGUUGGAGGAGUUCUACCCAAUGGCAACGUCUACUUUUCGGAUCAGCACCUUCUGGAUGAAGACACUCUAGAACAGGAUGGGAGCCAGGAUGCUGAACUGCUAAAGCUCACAGAAGAUUCAUCCUCCACUACCAUGCGCUUUUCCAGGCCCUUCAGAUCCUGUGAUCCACACGAUCACGACAUUACGAGUGAUACCAUGAGGGUCCUGGCUGCCUAUGGCCUGGAUGACAUACCAAAGAUGAGCCGGGAGCAUACUUUUGUCAAGUCCAUCUUCUUGCUUCAAAUACUGCAAUAUGAUGAUCAAGAUGCCCCUGAAGACACCAUCAUCCAUGACUUGAAGAUCAGUAAUUUCCUCAUUCCAGAGGAUGAUACUACAUAUGCCUGUACCUUUCUCCCACUUCCUAUUGUCAGCAAAAAGCAUCACAUCUACAAGUUUGAACCUAUAUUGGUGGAACGAAAUGAGACGAUGGUGCAUCACGUUCUUGUGUAUGCAUGUGGCAAUUCUAGUGUGCUCCCCACAGGCAUCGGUGAAUGUUAUGGAUCAGACCCUUCCUUCUCCCUCUGCUCCCAUGUCAUCGCAGGCUGGGCUGUCGGGGGCCUUAGUUACCAGUUUCCAGAUGAUGUAGGCAUCUCUAUUGGAACCCCCUUUGACCCUCAGUGGAUCCGACUGGAAAUUCACUACAGCAAUUUUCAGAACCUUCCUGGUAUCCGUGAUACCUCAGGGAUGCGGCUGUACUACACCUCGCACCUUCGCAAAUAUGAUAUGGGAGUUCUCCAGCUGGGCAUCUCAGUUUUCCCUAUUCACUUCAUACCCCCGGGUGCUGAGGCUUUCUUGUCCUAUGGGUUAUGCAAGACAGACAAGUUUGAAGAGAUGAAUGGGGCUCCAGUAGCUGACAUAUAUGUUUCAGCCUGCCUGCUCCAUACCCACUUAGCUGGGCGGUCACUGCAAGCUGUGCAAUACAGAAAUGGAACCCAACUCCAAGUAGUAUGUAAAGAUUUCUCCUAUGAUUUCAAUCUGCAAGAGUCUCGAGACUUACCUCAUCCUGUAGUGAUUAAGCCGGGGGAUGAGUUGCUAAUAGAAUGUCAUUACCAGACGCUGGAUCGUGACUUCAUGACUUUUGGUGGUGCCAGCACCAUUAAUGAGAUGUGCCUCAUCUUCAUCUUCUACUAUCCCAGAAUUAACAUCUCCAGUUGCAUGGGAUACCCUGAUAUCAUCUAUGUGACCAAUGAGCUGGGAGAAGAAGCAUCAGAGAAUCCCAUGGAGAACCUGAUGGUCCUGAAUAAUGUUGAGUGGACGCCAGAGAACAUUAAGAAAGCUGAGAAAGCCUGCAAGGAGUCCCAGCAGACAGUAUUGAUCAAGACCAUUGAUGAAGAAGUAGAAAAUACAACAGGUUGGAUUCCUGAUAUUAUACCAACUCCUCGAGGAUCAUGCUUAGAGUCUUCUGGAGGCAAAGUUGAACCUCAGGACAAGACCCCUGCAGGCUUCAGGGCUGUACCACUGGCUCUCUCUGGCUCCCAUACUCCUACUCUGAGGCACCUGCCCAUGGUUGCUGUCCUGUUCCUGCAGGGUAGCCUCUCAUGGUUCCUCGCAAUGCUACAGACUGGAGUGUGAUUCUGUCUCCUCAUGAUACCUACUCCCUUAUCAUGAACUACAAAAACAGCUCCAUGAUUUGACCCCUCUAAGUUUCCUUUGUGCCACUUUCCACAACCAAACUCAUGAUACUGCAGGUUCUAGGUUUUUAUUCACAAUUUACUGUUCAAGUCAUUCUUAAGGUUUCAGGACCAUUGAUAGGAUAACAUGUUUUAUGAGAAAUUCUGCCAUCGAGUCUGAGUGUUAGAUGGUGGAUCCACUCUCCAAGAAUCCUAGUGUUCUGCUUUUUUUCAAAUUGAUACGAUGAGUAUGAUGGGGCUUGAGUACAGAGGGAGAUCAUUGUAAACCCCUUGGCAUGUGUGUGGCCCUGGAAAAGGUAUUACUUCUCUAUCCUAAUGAUAGUUUGUGUCUAGUUUUUUUAGAGCAAUGUGAGUAGACUAUAUAGAUAUACUAUAGAGUAAAGGGUAAUUUUUGGUAAAGGAAGGAAUUUUGUGUACAUAGAGAUAAAAUUUUUAAGUAUCACAUUAAAUAGAAUUCAACUUGC